AUGCUUCUUAAGGUGGUUCCCUUGUUUUGCACUGCGCAACCUUUUCUGCGCAUAACAUUAAUUGCGACAUCCAAGAUGGCAGCCGUUCUUCCCGCUAACGUGAAAAGAACAGACAAGGGCCGCUUUUGCAGAGCGAAAGCUUUUAUUCGUAAUAAGAAUGCCGCAAAUCGGCUGACAGCUUCCUGGUCUGCUCUCAAAAAACAAGAAAAUGAAAAAAGUGUGCGUGAUCUGGAAGUCUGCAGUGGAUUUCCACUUCGCGGCCGUCGAGUUGUAGAAUUAAAUGUCCUCGCCGAGGCUUUGGACUGGGGCUGUGAAGCCUGUGGGGCAGCUCUACGGCUCUCCAACUGCAUAAAAGAAACAGUGUCUGGGCUAGGAUCACUAGUAUACAUAUGCUGUUCAAAUUCCGAGUGUGGAGAGACAAAUAUCUGUCGAACAAAUAAGACCCACCGUAGCACCGGAACAACGCGAGGGAGACCAAUCUUUGAUGUAAACACGAAGCUCGCUGCAGGUUUUUUUACAUUUAAUGUUACUAAAAAUAUUGUUUUCCACAAUUAAAGCAUCCAUUUAGCAUCUAGCCAAUUUUUUAAUGAGUUGAAUCGACAUAUUUAUAGGGAUGCUACACGUAAACGAGUUGUUGUCAUCUAUCAACGUACCAUCACUUGGAGAGUCCACGCUGAAGGCUCGCGAGAGGGAAGUAGGGCCCCAAAUUGAAAAGUUGGCAAAGGAAUCAUGUCUGGAAAGUUUAGAAAGCGAAAGAAACCUGUGGAAAGAGGAUAAUGAAAAGGAAAAUGUGGCGAUAGGAGCGUCAUUUGACAUGGGAUGGCAAAAAAGGGAAAAAGCUCACAACAGCCUGACAGGUACACUGCAAAUUCUACAUCUGAAAGAAUUGAAAAGGGUGCAUUUGGGUAUGCAUUUUCAUAGAAAGCUGUUAUUUUUUUCUGUGGAUUGUUCUUUAGCUAACUGACAGUUUUGGUGUUGGCCAAUGGUCAAAGUUAAUUAAAUAAAAUAUAUCCGUAUUUUCACCAUUAGGUGUUGGCUCCAUGGUUGGCCUAAAAACUGGCAAGGUGAUUUGCUAUGGUUCAAGGUCAAAAAGGUAAUGUAUAUACAUAUAUUUUGACUACUAGUACCUUGUUGUAAACAACAAGAGCACUGUUUUUUUUUCAAUUUGACCACAAAAAGUACAGAAUCAUUCAACAUAUUACAGCACCCAUAUUUGCCUCCUCUUGAAAGUGUUACCCAGGACCUUUACCCAUAAUGUCUUUUGUAAAGGUGUGCAACAUGUGAAACUGCCAGCAGACAAUCAAAAAAGCCUCGCAUACAUGACUGCAGGCUCAACUGGGAAGGCUCAUCAAAAGCUAUGGAAGCUGAUGUUUGUGUCGAUCUAGUCAAAAGGUAAUUACUAACCAGGUAUGUAAUGAUAAAAAUAAGAUAAUAGUUAUAAUAAUAGUUGUUAAUAUGUUGAAUUCACAGUGUUAUUGCUCCAAAGAGAGACUUGUGGAAUCUGUUCUUAUGAUAUCAGUGUUACAGUAAUGACACUUGAACCAUGAACAGUGGAGAGUCUUACAGUACCCCACACCCUUGGUAAUAAUGGCUGAAAAUUUGACAAGAAAGCAAACAUAAAAAUGCACCUAUAUUUUUUUAAUAUGGGUAUGUUAAAAAUACAGAAAAGAAAAUACUUUAAGAUAAUGCCUAGGUGUAGUUUGAAUGCCCUUGCUUUUUAUGUCAAAAAAUGUUAUUUUUGUGGUUUUACUCUGCUUAACAAAUGUGGAGAAAAAAUGCAGUUGUAUCUGUUCUUGUUGGGGAUGAUGAUUCAUCCACCAUAAGCAAAGUAAGGAAAAAUGUUGAGCACGAGGUUGAAAAAUGGUCAGAUGUAGUCCAUACUAAAAGAUCCUUUGGUAGCUCACUAUACUGCAUCAAGACCCAAAACAAAAGCCUGACAGAUAUGGUGAUACGGUAUUUCCAGCGAUGCUUUGGUUAUGCACUAAAGCAGAAUAAGGGUGAUGAAGAAGAUGUGCGAAAUGGUCUGAAGUCUAUCAUGCCCCAUGCUUAUGGUGACCAUUCUUCUUGGGGCAACUGGUGUGGCUACUUGAAAAAUCCUGCAUCCUACAAACACAAGAGGCCUUCCCCAAGGCAAGGAUCUGACAGACAAAAGCUUGAGGCAGUCCCUGGAAAAGAUCAUAGAAGUAGGUAUAGUGUACAUGUAAGGUGGCACAGCUUGCUCCUCACAAAUUCCCAAUUCCCCCCAUUUUACAUGUAGUAGAGAAACACAACUCCAAGAAAAUAGUGUUAGUGCUUAUGAUUGUAUUCUAAAUAAUAACUUCGAGGGAUAAAGCUAUAAGUGUUAGGGGAAUAUCAACCUCUUUCUUAGUUUCACAAGCUUUAUAAGAUACCAAAUUUUAGUAAAUAAAAACUAUUUGCUUCUUCAAUUUAGGUUUAUGCUUCAAAUGCCAAGAAGCUAGCUCCCCUUGGGUUGAGCCAGGCAAAUGAAGCACUCAACAAC